AUGCUCCGCCUGCAGGUCCUGGAGCCUUGCCAGAAGUUUCUGGAAAAGCUAGUUGAUUCAGCCUCCAGGAGAAGAGGAGAAGAAACGUGUGCAGGGUGCCCAGAAAAAUCUACUCAGCGGGGCCUCAGGAAGAACAGAAACCGAAGAGUCCCCUGGAUCUCAGCAGUGGCAAGGACCUCAGAAGGGGAGACCUCUGCCUGCUGGCAGCUCACCGUGAGGGUCCUGGAGGCGCGGGGCCUGGGCUGGGCUGACCUCUUGAGCAAGGCAGACCCCUAUGUGAUCCUACAGCUGCCAACCGCACCUGGAACAAAGUUUAAGACCAAAACGGUCACCAACUCCAGUCAUCCAGUGUGGAACGAGACCUUCACUUUCCUGAUCCAAAGUCAGGUCAAGAAUGUUCUGGAGCUGAGCAUCUAUGACAAGGAUGCCGUCAAGACGGACGACGCCUGCUUCAAGGUUCUCUGUGAUGUCUCUGAAGUCCUCCCUGGCAGGUUGCUCCGGAAGACCUUCUCCCUGCAUCCCCAGGGACCAGAGGAGCUGGACGUGGAGUUCCUGAUGGAGAAAACGUCAGGCUGCCCAGAAAACCUCAUCACCAACAACGUGCUUGUGGCCCGAGAACUGUCUUGCCUGGACGUUCACCUGAACAGCACAGGGAGCACAGCCGAGGCUGCAGAUCAGGACGAGCUGGAGCUGGAGCUGGUGCUGAAGGGCUCAUAUGAGGACACACAGACAUCUGCCCUGGGAACAGCCUCUGCCUUCCGCUUCCACUACAUGACAGCCCAAGAGGCAGAGCUGAGUGGGUGCCUGAGGACCUCUAAAAGCAAUGGCUGGAACUCAGGCAACUCAGCUGGGUACCUCACUGUACCCCUAAGGUCCUUGGCCAUGGGGAAGGAGGUGACAGUUGACGUUCCUGCUACAAAUGCCCCAGGAGUGAAGCUGCAGCUCAAGGCUGAGAGCUGCCUGAAGGAGCUGGCUGUGCAUCUGGGCUUCGAUUUGUGUGCGGAGGAGAAAGCCUUCCUGAGCAGGAGGAAGCAGGUGGUGGCCAAGGCCCUGAAGCAGGCCCUGCAGCUGGACAGAGACCUACAGGAAGAUGAGGUCCCCGUUGUGGGCAUCAUGGCCACAGGAGGAGGUGCCCGGGCCAUGACCUCUCUCUAUGGCCACCUGUUGGCCCUGCAGAAGCUGGGCCUUCUGGACUGCGUGACCUACUUCAGUGGCAUCUCAGGCUCUACAUGGACAAUGGCCCAUCUGUAUGGGGACCCUGAGUGGUCCCAGAGGGACCUGAAGGGACCCAUCGGACACGCCCGGGAGCACCUGGCCAAGAGCAAGCUGGAGGCCUUCUCUCCUGAGCGCCUGGCGAGCUACUAUCGGGAGCUGGAACAACGGGCUGAGCAGGGCCACCCCACGACCUUUGUGGACCUGUGGGGUCUGGUGCUGGAGUUUGCACUGCACGGACAGGUGUUGGAUCAGAAGCUGUCAGGACAGAGAGCUGCGCUGGAGCGGGGCCAGAACCCUCUGCCCCUCUACCUGAGCCUCAAUGUCAAAGAGAACAAUCUGCAGACCCCGGACUUCAAGGAGUGGGUCGAGUUCUCCGCCUAUGAGGUCGGGUUCCUGAAGUACGGCGCCUUCAUCCCCUCCGAGCUCUUCGGCUCCGAGUUCUUCAUGGGGCGGCUGAUGAAGAGGAUCCCUGAGCCCCGCAUCUGCGUCCUGGAAGGUAUCUGGAGCAACAUUUUCUCCCUGAACUUGCUGGAUGCCUGGUAUAACCUCACCAGCUCCAGUGAUGCCUGGAAGCAGCACAUCAAGGACAAGAUCAGGAGCCUGGAGGAAUCCCCUCCCUCCUCGGGGACCUCCUCAGGGCCGGAGGCCUUGUGGCUCCAGCCUGGAACAGCGCUAGCCCAAAUGUUGAAGGGCUUCCUGACGAGCAGACCACUCUACCAGCACAGCUCCAACUUCCUCCAGGGCCUCCAGCUGCACCAGGACUACUGUGCCCAGAAGGACUUCUCCACCUGGGCAGACAGCCGGGUAGACUCCUCCGCUGGCCACCUGACCCCGCAGGAGCCCCAGCUCUGCUUGGUGGAUGCCGGCUACUUCCUCAACACCAGCUGCCCCUCCAUGUUCCGGCCAGGCCGCAGGCUGGACCUCAUACUAUCCUUCGACUACUCUCUAUCCUCGCCCUUUGAGGUGCUACAGCAGACGGAGCUAGACUGCCGGGCCCGGGGGCUGCCGUUCCCCCGUGUGGAGCCCAGCCCUCAGGACCGACGCCAGCCCUGGGAGUGCCACCUCUUCUCAGACCCUACCUGCCCUGAUGCCCCUGUCCUGCUUCACUUCCCGCUGGUAAACGCCUCCUUCAGGGACCACUCAGCCCCAGGUGUCCAGCGCAGCCCUGCAGAGCUCCCGGACGGCCAGGUGGAUCUCACGGGGGUCAACUCCCCCUAUUCCAUGUUCAACAUGACCUACAAGGAGGAAGACUUUGACCGCCUGCUGCAGCUCAGUGACUACAACGUACGGAACAGCCAGGGCACCAUCCUGCAGGCUUUGAGGACCUCUCUGAGGCACCGGGCCCCGGGGGCCAGGCCUCCAGGGCCGCAGACUUGAGACUUCUCGGGGUCCCCAAGAUUUGAGGGCCACGCUCUGAUCCUGGGGGCUGGGGGCUUAAUCCACCUGCAGUGGGUACAGCCACGGCCCUCAUGGGGCUGGAGUUCCCGGUCUCUCCCAGGCCUGGGCCGCCUCUGCGGCUGGUCUCAUCGCCCAGAGGGGCUGUGUCCUACCCAGAGUUCUCCCUCACCUUCAUAGCUGGUUUGGAAGGAGCUGACAAUAAACUCCUUACCAGGCCAGCAUAUAGAACAGCUGGUUCGACCAAACAUUUACACGUAGUUCUUUUCACGCCUGAACAGAAUGGAGUUGAGGUGCAAGCUGGAGGUGCCAGACCAGGAGUGGGGACAGGCAGGGCAGGGGAGGGCCUGGAAGGUGGCUCCAGGUAUCAGGAAUCACAGUACCUCCUGACAGGCUCCCCUUACUGCCUCUGCUCCUCUCCUCUUAUACUAUUUUUACGCAACUUUAGUGAGAUAUAAUCCAUAUGCCAUAUAAUUCAUCCAUCUAAAGUAUGCAAUUCAAUGGCUUUUACUAUAUAUUCAGAGUUGUGAAAGCAUCGCCACAAUCAAUUUGAGAACAUUUUCAUUAACCCAAAAAGGAACCCCUCAUCGCUUAACUGUCAACCUCAAACCACACCCACCCCAGCCCUAGGCAACCACUAAUCUACUUUCUGUUUCUUUAGAUUUGCUUAUUUUGGACAUUCCAUAUAAAUGGAAUCAUAGAAUAUGUAGCCUUUUGCGUCUGGUUUCUUUCACUUAGCGUAAUAUUUUCAGGAUUCAUCCAUGAUGUAGCAGGUAUCAGUACUUAAUCCCUUUUAUGGCUGUGUAAUACUCCACUGUAUAGAUAUACCACACUUUAUUCAUGGGCUGAUGGACAUUUGGAUUGUUUCUGCUAUUUUUGGU